AUGACGAAAGCAGCGGAAUUUAAAAAGCAUUUUGCGAUUUACCGUCAAUCCCACGAGUUUAUCGCUAGAAUGAAGAAAUUUGUGGGUGAAUACGAAGCUGAUUCGCAGCGUGCUCAAAUUUCUGGUCGUUUAGAUGCGCUUAAUACGACUUUUGAUCGAUUUCGCGAUAGUCUUUGUAUUCUGGAACUCUUAUCGGAAGGAAAGGAAGAUGAACCCAUGGAUUUCGUUCAGGAAAUGGGAGAUUUUGAGGAAGAUUAUUUCACGCUGAAAGGAUUUCUUGAGAAUCAGCUGAAGCCGAAGGAAUUCGUUCAUGAAAAUAGGUCAUCGGAAUCGCGAAUUUUGAAGCUGCCGGACAUUAAGCUUCCGGAAUUCAGCGGAAAUAUUUUGAAAUGGUUUUCCUUUUACGACACGUUCGAAUCGUUGGUCCAUAACAAUCACGAUCUGUCGGACGUCCAGAAAUUUUAUUAUUUAAAGUCGACUUUGCGUGGAGAGGCGUUUAAUUUAAUCGAAAAGAUUUCUGUAACAAGCGACUCAAUGGCAUUGAAACUCAGUGGCAUUGAAAGUAAUCACGGAUCGGUACCAGAACAAGAACGUGUUGAUUCGAAACCACAUCGAGUCGCUGUUCCUGGUCGAGAAGGUGAAGAAGGAGUGUCCACGACUGCUAACUAG